AUGAGUCAAGUAAAGAUGUUUGGCACAACUAAAGAUAUUUACAAGAUGGGGAAAUCAGAAACCACUGAGCACUACCGGGCCAUCCUUCGGAUGGUGAAGGCUCAAUAUGAAGAGACUGAGAAAAGGCACAAAGCGGAAGUCAAGAAGUACCCUAUUGCAGUUCAAAUGGAGUUGCUUGAUUAG